AUUAUUUUCUCACUGCCUCAGGGACCAAACGUCUUGUUAGUCCAUGGCGGGAUCACCCAACGGUUAUCCGGAUUCAUAUACAUGAAAAAGAGAGGAAGUUGAUGCCUUCAAAUCGUAUCUAGGGUUACAUCAAUUGCACAACCAUGGGAGAGUUCACGUAUCUUUAUAUGCUUCACGAAGAGGGACUCUUUCGUAUAAAUGUCUCAGACUUUGGAUUCUGCAAGAAGGAACUCAAGGUUGAGUGUGUAUACUAUGAGCCAUCAAGCAGGUUAUGCUCCAGCCUCUUCAAGGAUAUGGGACUUUUCAGCAACCGACAUACUCUGUAUAUGAUUGGCGGCGAUUCUGCAGAAACAGGUCGGUACCCAGAUGGGACUAGCUUUUAUUCUUUCAAUCCUACCAGAUUCAAUGAAUUUCCUGUUAGAGAUCCGGAAUGUGUUGACGAACCAGACUUUUAUGGCGAUUUCGGAGCCAUGAAAUGUCCUCAUGUAGUUCGUGCUAACCGUAUGAUUUACUUCUUCCCAAAGCGAAUUGCUCCCUUCUAUUUUCGGUCUUUUGAUUCUGCCGAAAAUCGAUUUUACACUCCGCCGCCGCCUCCCUUCGUGCUUGAUAAUCGGGUUAGGGUUUAUGAGGUAUCUGGGGCAUUUGUUCUCCGCGGUUAUCUAUAUUUGUUUCUCGAAGAAUCCAGCGAUGACGAUGGGGGUUCAGGUGUCCACCGUGUCUUCUCUUUCAACACUAGAUUGUCGAAAUGGCGGGAAGAAGAGGCCAUGGUGCUCCAAUUUAAGGAAAAAGAUAUUCCUCUCCCCUUUGAUCACCGUGGUAGUAUAGCGCUUUCCAAUGAGUUUUCUGACAAUACUCAUGUUUUGGUUGCCCUUAGUGACAGAAGACCUACUGCAUAUCGUGUUUGCCUUCAUCCCAAGGGUUCUUUCAGCCCUAAAUCUUACAGGUAUAUACAUGAAGCUUAUGUUGACCACCCCCCAUAUGGUGGCAGGGGUCAGCUAUUUGAUCUUGGUAGUGGAAAGUUUUGUUGGGCUUUUUACAGUGUCUUCGAAGCUCUUGCAGUUUGCGUUUUCAAGAUUGAUUUGGCAUAUGAACAUGAAAUCCAAAUUUCCUCAAUGGAUGAGGGAAGGGCAGAGAUUAUCUCCUCCAAGAUCUUUCAAUAUAAAGACGUUCCUUACCUCUGGGAUUAUGAGUUUGAUAGUUUUUGUUUAGGUUCUGCUCCUGCUUUGCAUAGUUAUGUCCUCUCAGUUCCUAGCAAAGAAGAUCAGUAUCCAUGGAGUGAGCAUGAACUGACUUCAUCUCCCAGCAAUGAGGACCAAGACAGGGAUGCGGAGAUUGAGAAGAGAAACACAAUUAGUUCUUGCAAAAGGGACGGGGGAGGGAAUGAUGCAAGAGGGCCUGAAGACAUGGGCGCAGAAGAGGAAUGCGAGCAGAUUGAGAGUUCUGUGGGUGAGAAGCAGGUUAGGUCCUUAUCCUGUCUAGGUUCCAAGCAGUCUGAAAAGAAGGGCAAGGACAUCUGUGAAGCCAGCACCAAGCGGGACGAAAGGUUGUGCUGCAGUGGAGGGAAUGAUGCUAGAGGGCCUGAAGACAUGGGCGUAGAAGAGGGAUGCGAGCAGAUUGAGGGUUCAGUGGGUGAGAAGCAGGUUAGGUCUUUAUCCCGUCUAGGUUCCAGGUUGUCUGAAAAGAAGGGCAAGGAUUGUGAAGCCAGCACCAAGCAGGAUGAAAGGUCGUGUUGCAUGGGAGGGAAUGAUGCUAGAGGGCCUGAAGACAUGGGCGUAGAAGAGGAAUGCGAGCAGAUUGAGGGUUGUGUGGGUGAGAAGCAGGCUAGGUCUUUAUCCCGUCUGGGUUCCAGGCAGUCUGAAGAGAAGGGCAAGGCUAUCUGUGUAGCCAGUACCAGGCAGGACAAAAGUCAAGAAGAUGAUCCAGUGGCACUGGCGCGAAGGCUGGCCUCACAUUUUGAGAUGACUGGCCUGGUCAAGACAGGAGAUAAUAAGGCCCUUAGCCGGUGGUUCAUUCGCUCUCAACUGGAGGCCAUUAUGUACGGUCUGGCGAUGAUUGACCGGGGGGAUGCUGCAUCCGAGCAGGGGAUCACCCAAGAAGCCGAGAACACUGCAGCUGAGGCCAAGGUGAAAGUGCUGGAGUUACAACUUGAAGCCUCCAACAAAGCCAACUCUGCUGCGCAGGCCAGGUUGGAAGCCCUGGAGCAAGAGAAGAUGAAGCUCAGCGAGAAGGUUGAGGUCCAGAGGAAGCAGCUCAAUGCCAAAGAUGAAGAACUUGCUUCUACCCAGGAUAAGGCCAUCCAGGAGUGGAGACAAUCAGAGGAAUUCAGGCAAGCCGCCCAAUCAUAUGCCCGGGAAAAUAUGGAAGCUGUCCUAAGCAGGAUCCUGAGUGACAAGGUAGCUCAGAACCAUAUCUUUAAAGCCUUAUUCAAGACUGCUUUUGAUGAAGAUGAAGGGCAGGCUCCCAGGCCAAGUGCCAUGGAGGAAGUAACAUCAGCUCCCAACUGUGAGGUCCAAGACAGAGAUGGGCAGAUGGAGAAGAGAAACAAAAUUAAUUCUGAUAAAGAGGAGACGGGAGGGAAUAAUGCCAAGAAGAGGCGCUGUCGUUCAAGAGACUAACUUUAUUCUGCUACUAUUGACAUUGUUCCUGGACUUCUCCCAGGUUCCUAAUCUAUCUAACAGCACUUUUAAAAAUCUAACUUUUGCUCUUACUAAUGGAACCUUUAGCCUGGUCAUUCUUGUGAUUGUUCUGCAUUAUUGUUACAUUUGCUGUCAUUUCAUCAUAAUGCCGUCUUUUGAUCCCAAGAUGAGGAUGAAUAUAAGCAGCAUUUCUUA